AGCUUUCCCGAACGCUCGUCCUGCCUCCUUCUUGGCGCGCCCCCAACGCGUCGCCGUGGCGACCCAGCGGCCCCUGCCGGCCUGUGGCGACGCCGCUUGCCUGGUAGCUUCUGCGGACCCGGCGGCGGCGGCGACAGUCGGGGCUCAUGGAGGUUUCGGUUAACCACGUCGCCAAGAUCGAGAAGCGGUCGUGCCUGGGCCGCUGCAAGCAUUUCUUUUGGCUGGGCAUCACCUUCGACACGGUGGGCGCGGCCAUGCUGUUCACCGGGGUCUUCACCCGUGUACUCUACUAUGACAUGUUCCUCUACCUGGGUGCCAGCAUCGUCUUCCUCAGCCUCCUCUGGUGGGCUUUCUGGUACAGCGGUAACAUCGAACUGUCUUCUGAAGAGGCCUUCAACAGCCCCUACCGCCUGCCCUCCGCCUACACGCUGGAAGUCCUGAGCCAGACCAUCAGCAACCGCUUCACUUUCACCAUAGGCAGCGUUUCCAACACCUUUAUGCGGAUGCAGCGGCGGCGGCGACAACGCCAGAGGUUCCUGGAAGGGCAGACAUCUCUGGAUAUGACCGUCACGGGCCAGGUCGAAAGCCAGCUAGACCAAGACAAAGACCGGGCAGAAGGGGCCGCGGAGAAGGGCGAGGCUCAGGACUUUGGCAGCAAGGAUCUCCCAAAACCCGAAGCUGUCAAAAUUUUAAAGGAAGCUGGCUCCCAGGUGCCCGAUGCUGGUGACCUGGGCCGUGAGGCUAGUCUCCCAAAGUUCGUUAAGGGACCAUCGACCAAUCUGGUGCAGCCAUUCACGCCAUCUCCUCUGGAGCAGGCUCCAACUCCAGUCAUCCUGGCUUCUAAGAGCCUGCCCGUAGUCUCCUUGGCCUCUAUGAGCCAAACUGCCCCUAUUCUGACUUCGAAGAGCCAGCCUGUAGUAGACUUGGCCUCUACGAGCCAGCCCCUUGCAGUGACUCUUGUCUCUGUGAGCCAGCUUGCAGCCCCUUUGGCCUCUACUAGCCAGCCUCCACGUCUCCUGACUUCUAAAAGCCAGUCUGUAGUUUCCUCUACAAGCCAGGCCCCUGCAGUCACUCUUGCUUCUGCAAGACAGCCUGCUGUCCCCCUGACUUCUACUACUCAGCCUCAGGUGGUCUUUGCCUCUAAGAGCCUGCCUGUUGUCUCCUUGUCCUUUGCAAGUCAGCCUCUGACCAUCCUUACCUCUCAGAGCCACCCCCUGAUGCCUAGGACCUCUCAGAGCCAGCUCCCGGUGCCUGUGGCCUCUGAGGGCCACCCUCUGGUGCCUGUGGUCUCUGAGAGCCACCCCCUGGUGCCUGUGACCUCUGAGAGCCACCCCCCGGUGCCUGUGACCUCUCAAGUCCAGCUCCCAGUGUCUGUGGCCUCUGAGGGCCAACCCCUGGUACCUGUGGCCGCUAAGGGUCAGGCCCUGGUGCCUAGAACCUCUCAGAGCCACCCCCUGGUGCCUAGGACCUCUCAGAGCCACCCCCUGGAGCCUAGGAUCUCUCAGAGCUACCCCCUGGUGCUUAGGACCUCUCAGAGCCAGCUUCCGGUGCCUGUGGCCUCUGAGGGCCACCCCCUGGUGCCUAGAGCCUCUCAGAGCCACGCUCUGGUGCCUGUGGCCUCUCAAAGCCAGCUCCCAGUGCCUGUGGCCUCUGAGGGCCACCCCCUGGUACCUGUGACCUCUCAGGGCCAGCCCCUGGUGCCCAGGGCCUCUCAGAGCCAGCUCCCAGUGCCUGUGGCCUCUGAGGGCCACUCCCUGGUGCCUGUGGCCUCUCAGCAGCAGCUUCAGAAUCUUUUGGAGGUCUGUCAAACUGGACCACCACCUCUUCAGGCCUCCCAGGCCCAGAGUCUGGCCACCAUCUCUCUGCUCCAGGUUCUGCCCACCGAGUCUUUGCAGACCCAGCCUGUGGACCUUCAGGUGGUCCAGGCUAUUCUAGACCUUCAGGCCACGUAUCACACCCAGCAGGUCUCCCAGAGCAGCUCUUUAGUCCAGGAAAUUAGACCAAGCCAGCCUCCAUCUGCCCAGGAGUUUCACACAGAGCCAGUUGAUCUUGAGACCCCGCCACCAGUGGACCAGGAGCUAAGUCAGAACCAUCCUGAUGCUGCAGCCCUGCCUCCUCAGUCUCCAGCUCCAGCUGCUCAAGCCCAGCAGUCAGUGCCCUCUGGGAGGACCCCCACCCUGGACCGAGAGAAGAAGAGUCACUCCAUCUAGGACAGAAGCAGACCCCAGCCCUCUGAGUGGCCCUCAGGCCUCCACCAAAACCCACCAGUAUUCCUUCAGAUUUCAACGCCAAGUUUAUAAAAGCACAAAUACUUACCUUAACCUCAUUUUGGAAACCUCCACCCGGAGUCCUGACCUAUCUCAGACCAGCAAACGUAACUAGACUGCCUCUGCCAAGUAUACGUUUCAGGGUUGGGGAGAAUAUUCCAGCCUCAAAUAAUAAAGACAUUAUCAGAAUUUUAAGUCAUAAUAAACUGUGCCAAUGAACAGUUUGUUGAACAGCCAAAUGAACUUUGUUUUAAAAUAAGUUGAUUUUUAAAAUAGAUUUCUCUUGUGGAAGCAUUCCAGCAUUCUAAGUGGAAAAUAACAUCACACACUUUGGGUAAAGAUAUAAGAACAAAUCCCACAGAAAUGGACAUUGAAAAAUGUGGCUUCUUUUUUAAGGAUACCAUGUGGCCUCAUCAAGCUAUCGGAAAGAUUAGUACAAUCAAUGUAUUAUAAUUUGUAUGUUCAUUUUUUAAAUAGCAGGAGUUUCCCUUUUUCCCAAGGAUUUAAAACUGCUGAUUUGAUUGCAUAUAUUAAUGAUAACUUCCAGAUGUUCAAGCUGGUUUUAGAAAAGGCAGAGGAACCAGAGAUCAAAUUGCCAACAUCCACUGGGUCAUCAAAAAAGCAAGAGAGUUCCAGAAAAACAUCUAUUUCUGCUUUAU